AAUAAAUACUAUCUCACUUUCUUCUAUCAAGCAAUCUUGUUGAAGAAAUAAGAUUUUUGAGAAUUUGAUCACAAUUUUGAAGGAAGAAAGAUCAAACGAUGGAGUCGAUAACGUUGGAUAUAGAGCUGUUGCAGUUGCCGGAGACAUCGCCAAUGUCGAUGAAGUCUAAUCAAGAUUUUGUUAAGAAGCUCUUUGAUCAAUGGCUUGCUCUUCCAGAAACCAAUCGCUUGGUCACAUCUUUGGUAAAUGAUGCAAAGGCAGGAGUGGCUCUGAAUGUUAUGUGUGGAGGAGGCUCUUCGGGUACAAAUUCAGGGUCGAAUAGUCCAUUGGCUUCGAUGUUUCCAGCACGCAAUGGGCCUCCUCUUUCUCCAAGGAACUCAACUGGUUCGCCUCGGAUCACCAGACAAAGGACUGGUCUUUCUAAUCUUAGUUCUCCUCUCAAAGUAGUUUCUGAUCAUGUUAAAGAACUCAUUCCUCAGUUUUACUUUGAAGAUGGUCGCCCACCACCAAAUGAUCUAAAAGAACAGUGUAUAGCUAAGAUCAACAGUCUUUUUUAUGGCCAUGAGGAUGGUUUGCAACUUCAAGAAUUUAAAUUGGUCACUACUGAGAUCUGCAAGGUUCCAUCAUUUUUUUCCACCACCAUUUUCAAGAAAGUUGAUACCAAUAACACUGGUUUUGUCAAAAGAGAAGACUUCAUUGAUUAUUGGGUUAAGGGAAAUAUGUUGACAAAGGAGAUAACAAGUCAGAUAUUUACAAUACUGAAGCAACCAGAUCACAAGUACCUUGUCCAGGAUGAUUUCAAGCCUGUUCUCCAAGAACUAUUAGCAACACACCCUGGUCUUGAAUUCUUGCAAGGAACACCUGAGUUUCAGGAUAGAUAUGCUGAAACUGUAAUAUACAGAAUAUAUUACUACAUAAAUAGGAGUGGGAAUGGACAUCUUACAUUGAGAGAGCUUAAGCGAGGAAAUUUAGUUGACGCAAUGCAGCAUGCCGAUGAAGAAGAGGACAUCAAUAAGGUGUUGAGGUACUUCUCGUAUGAACAUUUCUAUGUCAUAUACUGCAAGUUCUGGGAGCUGGAUACAGAUCAUGAUUUCUUGAUCGACAAAGAAAAUCUCAUCCGAUAUAGUAAUCAUGCCCUCACCUACAGGAUUGUCGACCGAAUCUUUUCUCAGGUACCAAGGAAGUUUACUAGUAAAAGCGAAGGAAAGAUGGGUUAUGAGGAUUUUGUUUACUUCAUAUUAGCUGAAGAAGACAAGUCAUCAGAACCUAGUCUUGAGUAUUGGUUCAAGUGCAUAGAUUUGGAUGCAAAUGGAGUUUUGACGCGGAACGAGCUACAAUUCUUUUACGAGGAGCAGCUGCAUAGAAUGGAAUGCAUGGCGCAAGAGGCUGUGCUGUUUGAGGAUAUUCUAUGCCAAUUAUUCGACAUGUUUAUGGCGUUUGAAACUCGCGAUCCCUUCCUCAUUCGUCAGGAGCGGGCAAAUCCGACAUGGACAGAGUGGGAUCGUUUUGCUCAUAGAGAAUAUAUUAGGCUAUCAAUGGAAGAAGAUGUCGAAGAUGCUUCUAAUGGAAGUGCUGAAGCAUGGGACGACUCACUUGAGGUCCCCUUUUGAAUGGUAAGCUCUCACUAUACAAAGCGGACUAAUGAGUAAUAUAAUCAACAAUUUACG